UCAGACAUUGAUGUUCACCAAGAAUUCGUUUCAUUUACAUUGUUGAAAAGCAGACCUUACAGUGUUUCGCCAAAUUUUUUUAAGAAAGAAAAUGCUGCAAAGGUUGCGCGGUUUAUUCACUGAAACAGCGUUUCGUUAUGUUGGUGCUAAGACGCAAUUGUUGACAAAAAGUACCAUUCAAUCGCUAAAACAUACAAAAGGCCUUCCCAACUUGACGGUAUUGUCUGCACGGCAGCUACAUCUGUCCUUUCAUUUAAGAACUACCAAAGAUGAAGAAUAUCUUACGGCAUUAUCAAAGCAAUUGAAGCCAUAUCCGAUAUUCAACGAUCCAAUUCAUGGCAUCAUCGAACUUCAUCCUUUGUUGGUUAAAAUUAUCAACACAACACAGUUUCAACGUUUAAAAGAUAUCAAGCAGUUGGGAAUAUGUGAUUAUGUUUAUCCAGGGGCAACUCACACUAGAUUCGAACAUUCCCUUGGAACAUCUCAUUUAUGUGGGAAAUUGAUUGAUACAUUACACGAGCUUCAAGGAGAAGAGAUUGAUAUCACAGAAGAAGAACGCUUAUGCGUCAAAAUAGCCGGUCUUUGCCACGAUCUUGGCCAAGGACCGUUCUCUCAUUUCUUUGAUGAAGUGUACUUGAAAAUGGUAAAACCUGAAUUGCAGUGGAAGCAUGAGAAAGCAUCGUGUCUACUUUUUGGUUUAAUGCUUGAUGAAAAUCCAAAACUUAGGGAAAGUUUUAGGAAAAAUGGUCUUGACGAGGAACAUGAAUCUUUCAUCAAGGAACUUAUAGAAGGUAAACAACCCGACGACAAAAAAGAGGUGACAAGAAAAUGUAAAAAGACAGGCAAACCAAAAUGGUUUCUUUAUGAAAUAGUAGCGAAUAAACAAAAUGGCAUUGACUGUGAUAAGUUUGAUUAUUUCGCCCGUGACUGCGCUAAUGUUGGAGUGAUAACUACCUUCGAUCAUCGACGCUACUUCAAGAAUGUUCGCAUCAUGCCUGUGAAAAACCAACUUCAUAUCUGCGUUCGGGACAAAGAGGUGUUUAACCUGUACGAGUUGUUCCACACACGUUGGUCCUUCCAUCACAGGGUUUGUCAGCACAAAACUAAGGCACCAAUAGAACACUUGCUAGCUAAGGCGUUGCAAAAUGUUGACCAAAUCAUGGGAAUUUCAGAAGCUGUGAACGAUAUGAAGCGAUAUACUCUCUUAACAGACAGCAUUCUGUAUGAUAUAUUACGAAAUGAGAGCGAGGAGUGUGCUGUCAGAAAAGCGAAGGAGCUGAUAAGACGCAUACAAGAACGAAAAAUUUACAAAUUUUGUGGUCAAACUCAGCCACCGUCAGAUGCCGAAUGUCCUAUCAAAGACAAAAUCGAGAAAGAAUUGGCUGAAAUGUCAGAAGGAGUGAUAGGAAAAGAAGAUAUAUUUGUUUCCAUAGUUGAAUUUAGCUAUGGAAUGAAAGAGAAAGAUCCAGUCGAUGCAGUGACCUUUUACAACAAAUUCCUAGAACACACGCAAAUAAGUAAAAAGCAAGUGAGUAAAAUUCUGCCAAAAAAAUUUCUGGAAAAAUACAUCAGAGUUUACGCAAAAAAUCCUGAACAAAGAGACCAGGUAAAAGAUUUGUUUGAGGAUUGGUGUUUCAAGCAAGGCUUCCCAAAAACUUUCGGAAGAUAGAAGAAAAUCAAAAACCAUUUAAUGUCGGUAGUAGCUAUGUCUACGUAUCACUGUUGCAAUCAAUAACUAAAUCACAGACAUAUGUCGUAUGAAUAAAAUGUGCAAUUCGUAUAUCACUGAAAACAGCAAAAGUAGUCGGAGAAUAAUUAUUAGUAUUCACAAAGGAACAAACAAUAUAUUAAUCUUCACUAUACAUAGUUUAUGUUAGAUAAGCACAAAAUUGUAUCAAAUUUAAUAAAAUGAUUCAAAAAUA